AUGCAGGUGUGUAUAUCUCACAGCAUUCUCUGCAUUCUCACUUCUCUCUGCAUUCCCGCUUCUCUCCGCAUUUUCACACCUCCCUUCCACUUUUCUCACUACGCGCUUGCCUCCCACAAAUAUGAGCAGGAGGAAGGGGAGAAGGGCAAGGACGACAAGCUACCCAAGGGAAUAGAAAUGCAGCAAGACUUCGAUGGGGAUAUGCAUGAUAUAAGCGAGGAUGAGGAGGAGGAUCAGGAGAAGGAAGAGGAGGGAGAGGAGGAACAGCAACUGGAGGAGGAGAUGGGAGAUGUUGGUGAUAAUGCUGAUGUGGUUGAUGAGAAGAUUUGGAAGGGGGAUGAGGAGGAGGAGAAGGAGGGAAAGAGGGAGAAUGAGAAGUUUGAGAAGGACUCGACGAUUUCGGGGGCGCGGGAGGAGGAUUUGGAGUAUAGAGGCAAGGAUGAGGAGGAGGAUGAGGAGGGAGGGGAGGGCGGGGAGGAUGAUAAGGAGGGUGGGGAGAAGGAUGGUGCAAAGGAGGAGAAAGAGGAGAAGGGGAAGGAUGAGCAGCAGGCAAAGAAGGACGAGAAGGGGAAGAAGCAAGGGGAGGAGGAGGGAGAAGGGGCGGAGGAGGAAGGGGGAGAGGAGGAGGGUGAGGUGAAUGAGUGGCAGGGAGAAGGGGAGGAGGAAGGGGAGGAGAUGGAGGAAUCUCACGGAAUUACACCGAGAAAGGAAGAGGAAGUUCCAGAGUUGGACCUUCCUGAUGAUAUGGAGAUAGAUGAAGGAGAGCAGGGUGGGAAGGAGGAGGGAGGGGAGGAGGAGGAAGGGGAGACCGAGGUGGAAGAAGCAAAGGAGGCUAUGGGAUCACAUGGGAGGCCGCAAGAAGAGGAGGAGGAGGAAGAGGAGGGAGAGGUGAAGGAUGAUGAGUGGGACGAGAUGGAUGGGGCGAAUGAUGGUGCUGGCGGUGCUGCUGCUGACGCUGCUGGUGGUGGGGAUGAGGAGGGGCAGGAGGAUGGGGAGGAGAAGGGUGAGGGAGAAGGGGAGGGUGAAGAGGAGAAGGAGAGGGAUGCUGAUGUGGAGAAGGAGGAAGGGGAGGAGGGGGAGGAGGAGGGAGAAGAAGGGGAGGUGAAGGAUGAGGAUGGGGAGGGAGGUGAGGAGGAGGAAGCGGAGGAGGGGGAGGAGAAAGAGCCUGAGAACAUGGGCACGGGAGCAGAGGCAGCAGUAGCAGAGGAGCAGAUGGAGGAGGAGAAAGAUAUCAAGGGGACGAAAUCAGCUAGAGAUCAGCAACAGGAUGGGAAUGAGCAAGUGGCAGGGGUGAGGGCUGCGGGGACGGCGUCUGUUGAUGUGAUGGGGAUGGAAGUGGAGGAGAAGGAGACCAAGGGGCAAGGGAAGGAGGAGGAGAAGGAAGAGGAGGAGAGGAAGAAGAGUGAGAGGAGUAUGGAGGGUGGGAAGGAGAGGAGGAAGGGGGAGGAGGGAGGGAAGGAGAAGAGGAAGAAGGAGAAGGAAGAGGUGAACCCGAUGAGAAGCUUGGGGAGUGCUUUGGAGGCUUGGAAAAAGAAGGUGAGUAUUGCAGGAGAUAUGGAAGAAGAAGAGGAGGAAGAGGAGGAGGAGAAGGAGGUAGAGGGAGAGAGUGAGAAGGAUAAGAAUGCGGAGGGGGAGGAGUAUGAGUAUGUGAAGGGUGAGCAGGAGGGAACAGGGCAGGCUGCAGGAGCAGCAACGGAAGUGCGGAUGAAGGAGAUGAAAGGGAAGAUGGUGGAUGAAGGGGAGGAGGAAGGCGCAGAAGCUCAGGUGGGGGACGAGGAGGAGGAAGCAGAGAAGAAGGAAGAGGAGGGUGAGGAGGAGGGGAAGGAUUUGGAGACAAUUACUGGGGGGGGGCAGGGAGGGAAGAACAAGCAGAAGCUGAUGAAAGAUGCAGCAGAGGAGGAGGAUGGGGAGGGGGAGGAGGCAGGAGGGGCGAAGGAGGGUGAGGAGGAGGAAGAGGAGGAGGAAUUGGAAGAAGGAGAAGAGAUGGAGGUGGAUGGGGACGCAUCUGGAGCCAUGGAUCCGAGCUUCGUAUCCAUGAGAUGGAAAGAGGAGGCCAAGGAAACGGCGCGCUUGCGAGACGCGGACGGGGAGAAGGAAGAGGGGGAAGCGGAAGAGGAAGGAGCAGGAGAGGAGGCGGACACUGCUGGCGGCGCGAGGGAAAAGGUAUGGACGGAGAUCGAACUGGAACGCAUGCGCGCAGAGGUAGAAGCGCAGAUGCAGCGGAUGCGGGAGAGCGAGGAAGGCCGGCAGAAGCUCGAAGCGGCGCGCGACGCGUGGCGGAAAUACGAGCUGCUGUGCAGCGGCGCCUCUCAGGAGCUAGCAGAGCAGCUGCGGCUCAUUCUAGAACCUUCCAUGGCGACCAAACUGCAAGGGGACUACCGGUCCGGGAAGAGAAUCAACAUGAAGAAGGUGAUUCCGUACAUUGCAAGCGGGUUCAAGCGGGAUAAGAUCUGGCUGAGGAGAACCCGCCCGGAUAAGCGCAAAUACCAGGUGGUUCUAGCUAUUGAUGACUCGAGAAGCAUGUCGGAGGCACGGUGCGGGCAUCUAGCGCUCGAAGCAAUGGCCACGAUUUGCCGAGCGAUGGCGACGAUCGAGGUUGGGGAGAUCGGGGUCGUUGCUUUCGGCGAGCCGGGCAACGUGCGCAUGCUGCAUGAAUUAGACCGGCCGUUUUCUCCUGAAGCAGCCGUGCAAGUCAUCUCGCAAUUCUCGUUCAAGCAGGACAACACGAUUGCGGAUGAGCCAAUGGUGGAGCUGCUGCGGUUUCUGUCUGGGGCGCUGGAUUCUGCUGCGAUGAGAUACUCUGCGAGUGCGGGCACGGGAGGAGGAGGACAUCUGGAGCAGCUGGUGCUGAUUGUGGCGGAUGGGCGGUUCCAUGAGAAGGAGACCCUAAGGCGCACAGUGCGGCAUGCCAUGGGCAAGGGGCAGCUGCUGGCCUUCAUUCUGCUGGACAGCCCUUCUGAAUCCAUCCUUGACAUGCAGGCGGGGUCCCAGCCUUCUCUCAACCUACCUGAACUGACUUUGAGAUUCAUACAAGCCAUAUCCCGUUUCUCCCUGCCCUCUCCUGCACCCCUCCUGCAGUCCGUGUCAUUCUCAGACGGGGUGCCAGCCUUCUCAAGCUACCUGGACUCCUUCCCCUUCCCCUACUACAUCCUUCUGAGGGACAUCCACGCGCUCCCUCGCACGCUGGCAGGCCUGCUUAGACAGGUAUGGCAUGGGGAAUGCUGGCAUGGGGCUGAAGAGGUGACUUUAUCAGUGAUAGGGAUGGCAUAG